GUGAAAGCGCCUCUCUGGGACAGCCGGGUUUCAAGCGCGACAUUAGGAAUACAACGGAACAAUGGACAUAAUCAAGACGAAUAAACCAAAGCUCAUCAGGUGGUUACGCGGGGACGAGUUAUUUUUGCAGAAUGUUGAGUCCAGGAAUCUAAUUACUAAGGAUGAGUACGAUAUGGUGAACAGUAUCCCAGAUCCUAGUCAGAAAAUUAUAAAAAUCUUAGAUCUGAUGGUGAGAAAGGGUGACGGGAUUUGCCGGGCCUUCCUGGAAAUGUUGAAAGAUAAUGAAGUGAAUGAAUCCAGCCCAGAGCUCAGAGCAUGGAUAGCUACAGUGAAUACCUCCUCAUCCGCCUCCUCAUCCUCAUCCUCCAUCCCAGACAGCGAAGAGUUUUUGAGAAAGAACCGAAAUAACCUCAUUCAGAGAGUGAAAGAUGUGACCGAAAUCGUUGAUCAGCUCAACUUCAGGAGCGAGAUGAUGGCAAACGUGCAGGCUCAGCCAACAGAACCAAUGAAAAUGAGAAAAGUUUUGGACUACACCAACAGCAGGACCGCUCGAGAACGUCUGAUCGAGGUCUUGAUGAAACAUGAUCCUGAUCUGAUGGAGGAACUGACCAGCAACUAACAACCUUAUUCAGAUAUUUGAAAAUGUUAAGGGCAUUUUUAUCACAUUAUUAUUAUCGGUGCUAAUAGGUAGAUCAGGUGCAUGGUAAAAGUUUACAUGGUUUUAGGCUCAGUUAUAUCAAAAUUAUUUUUUUUUACUUUUUUUUUUUAAUUAUUAAUUUACUUAAUAAACUGGGUGAAAUGGUGCAUGAAAAUCUUCUUAUA